AUGCUCUACAGAACCGCCGCUGCUCGCUCUGCCCUCAGGGCCCUCUCGAGCUCCAAUGCCUCGGUGGCUCGCUCGACUGUCACCAACAAUGUGUUCAAGGCGCAGUUGACGUCCUCUGCGCGUUAUCCCGCUCGGCCGAUGCCGUCGCCCACCAUGGCCCUGGCUGCUCGCAAGCCUGUGACCACUGCGCUUAUCCGCCACGUUUCUUCUGCUUCCGGGAGCAGUAACAGCCCGGAAGAGGAGGACCCCGACAUGAUGGCUGGUAUGAAGUCCGAUGCGAAAGUCAUCAAGGACACCUUCAGCCUUGAGGGCGUUCCCAAGGAGGCCAUGUACCUCGGCAUGGCUGGUGUGAUCCCCUACCUUGCUACCUCUCUCCAGACCGUCUACCUCUCGUACGAAAUCAACCGGGCCAACACCACCGGUGACGGUCUUCUCUUCUCCGGUGACACCGCUGAGUUGUUGCUGCACUUGCUCGAGCCUGUCCAGGUCGGCUACGGUGCUGUGAUCCUCUCGUUCCUCGGAGCCAUCCACUGGGGACUUGAGUGGGCCGCCUAUGGCGGCAAGGUCGGCUACAAGCGCUAUGCGGCCGGUGUUGUGGCACCUGCCGUGGCCUGGCCGACUCUGCUGCUGCUCCCCGUUGAGCACGCACUGAUCAGCCAGUUCCUUGCGUUCACCUUCCUGUACUACAGCGACGCCCGUGCUGCGGCACGUGGCCACGCUCCCUCGUGGUACGGCAUGUACCGGUUUGUACUGACCUUUGUGGUUGGCGCUAGCAUCGUGGCCACUCUGAUUGGCCGUGAGCAGAUCGUCAACACCAUCUCCUCGGAGCACAGCAUCAAGGACAAGAUCAACGCUCUUCUGUUCCUGCAGAAGAAGGAGAAGGAGGAGGCUGAGGCCCGCCGCCGGGCUGAGCUUGGUCAGGAGGAGGAAGAGUAA